CUGAGCACCUCAGACUACCCUACUUGAUUGCCUAUCUAGAUUCCAUUGGCUCAAAUUUCAGGCAUGGAGCCAAUUUUGCAACAGGAGGAUCCACCAUUCGUAGGCAAAACCAGACUAUAUUCCAAAGUGGUAUUAGCCCCUUUUCACUGGACGUUCAAAUUAUGCAGUUCCAUCGCUUCAAAGCCAGAACUGAAGAGCUCUAUAGACAAGCGAUAGACUUGUCAGAGAAGAAAAAACUCCCUCGUCCUCGCGAAUUUUCAAAGGCUCUCUACACACUUGACAUAGGCCAAACUGACCUAGCUGUUGGUUUCCGCCAGAUGAGUAAUAUACAACUUCGGGCAGCCAUAUCAGACAUAAUAAACCAGUUCUCAGCAGCAGUUAUGCGUCUAUAUCAACAAGGGGCGAGGGCAUUUUGGAUACAUAACACAGGUCCAAUUGGAUGCUUACCAACAGCCACAUUAUACCUCAGAAAUCCAAAACCAGGUGUUCUUGAUAACUAUGGAUGCUUAAAGAGCCAGAAUAAGAUGGCCUUAGAGUUCAAUAGACAACUGAAAGCCAGGAUAAGAACACUGAGGGCAGAGCUUGGGCAUGCUGAUAUAACAUAUGUAGAUGUCUAUGCUGCCAAGUAUGAAUUGAUCAGCAAUGCCAACAGCCAAGGUUUCAUGGAACCCCACAAAAUAUGCUGUGGAUUGCAUGAGGGGAACACGCAUGUAUGGUGUGGACAGAAAGCAAUAGUGAGAGGUGCAGAAGUGUUUGGAGGAGCUUGUGUCAACCCUUCAAUUUACAUAAGCUGGGAUGGAGUACAUUACUCGCAGGCUGCUAAUCAUUGGAUUGCCAAUCAGAUACUUAACGGCAGUUUCUCUGAUCCUCCCAUUCCCAUUACUCAUGCUUGUCAUAAACGUCUUCACUAUUAG